AUCGUGUAAUCUUUUUAAUCUGCAUUAGCCAAAACAACACAUGUUCUUGGACAAAAUCGUGUUUUUUCAAUAAUAAAUCCUAUUAUUGGGCUUGAAAACUUGUCAAAAUGCCUAAAACAAAAAAGAAAUUCAUAGAUCGAAAGAAAGCAGUAACUUUCAAUCUAGUACACCGAUCUCAAAGGGAUCCUCUCGUUGCCGAUGAAACUGCUCCUCAACGUGUCCUCGUACCCGUCAAUGCUAACGUGCCACCAAGAAAGGAAAAAGACCCAGAAUUAUCAACAGAACAAAGGAAGGAAGAACAGAAAAAAUAUGGAAUAUAUUUUGAUGAUGACUACAACUACUUACAACAUCUCAAAGACACGAAGGAAGUCACAUUGGUCCUACAACCUAAAGCAACUCAUAAAAGAAAAGAAAAGCGUAUAAAUACAAAUAUAGUUGAAAAUGAAAACGAACUAGAAACAGAUGCUGAAGAAAACAUUAAGUUGCCGAGCUCUGUGUUUGCAUCGGCAGUCGAGGAAGACGUCGGUCUACUGAAUAAGGCUGCCUCUCAAGGGCUAUGUCUAGAUUUAGACCCGGAAGUAGUGGCUGCUUUAGAUGAGGAUUUUGAUUUUGAAGAUCCAGACAAUCAGCUUGAAGAUAACUUUAUUGAAUUGGCUAUGGGCGAUGAAGGUUCUGACAUAGAAAGUGAUGAAGAAGGAAGUAGGUCCGGAAAUGAUGACUCAGAUAAAGCGUUCGCUUCUGAUCUCGAUUCAGAUGACGAUAGUGAUCAAUCACAGGAGCGUAGACCCAAAAUGCCAUCAUGGGGUGAAAAGGACGAUACAAAAUCUCGCUUUUCCCAAUACUCCAUGUCUUCGAGUGUGAUUAGACGUAAUGAAGGCCUAUCGUUAUUAGACAACAGAUUUGAAAAGAUGUUCGAAGAAUAUGACGACACAGAAGUGGGAGCGCUAGACUUGGAAGAAAUAGAAGGGUUCAUGCCCGAGACACACGACAUGCUUCUGAGAGCCGCUGAAGAGUUCGAGGAGUCACAGAAGAGAUAUAAACUCGAUAAGGAGAAGGAAAUCGCUAGAAUACAACGGCUUCAGGAAAUCGAAGAGGAGUCAGAAGAAGAUGAUCUCGUCACAAUGGAGGUUGAGCCUAAAGAGAAAUGGGACUGCGAAACAAUAUUAUCAACAUACUCUAAUUUGUAUAACCAUCCUAAAGUCAUCGAAGAGCCUAAGAAACCUAAGAAAAUCAAGAUUAACCCUAAAACCGGAAUACCCGAAGAGACCCUCGGUAAAGAUAACAAGCUGACGAUGAAAUCACUCGCUAAAUUCAAUGCUAUGAACAAUGCUAGUGACAAUGUGCCCGAUGAGGACGGAAGGACCAAUGCAGAAACGGUUAUGUCUACUUUGAGCAUUUUGUCUAUAAGGCCUAAAGAAGAAACACCAGAAGAAAAGAAAGAAAGGAAACGUCUUUUAAAAGAAUAUAGAAAAGAGAGGAGAAUAGAGAAGAAAGCAAAUAAAGAAGCUUUCAAGGAAGAGAAGAAACGACAGGAGAAGAUUAUGUUGAAUAACAGGAAUAAUGUUCAAGGGAACAGGAUAUUGUAGAUAUAUGUAUUAAAGUUUUAUAUUUAA